AAAUCAUCACUGCUUCCUAAUUGUGACAACUGCAGCUCCGUAAAUCGGUUGGUUUUCACAUUCAAAGGAGAAUCCGGGAGCCGAACGCUUCGCUUCCAAAACUGUUUAUUUACAAAUAGAAGAUACAAUUGAACAUAACCCACAAGGACUUUUGAUCCCUUGAAAACAGUCAUAGUUAAGGACUUCAAUUUGGAUUUCAAUUGUAUUAAAUAAUGAAGGCUUCUUUUCCUCUGAUUUUUUAAACCAUCGACCGAAGCCAGACAUCAGGUUUACAGGGUACAAUGAGUAUUCUAUCCAAAUACCUCGACCGGGUUGCAGAAACAUGUGAACACAACGGGCUGACGAAGCAUGCCUUUAGCUAUGCUCUUGUGACUAGUGCAAUAGUAGCGCUGACCAUUAAAGUUACUAUUCCUUACGUUAAAAACGCCCAUACAGACAAUAAAACUAAAAAUACAAAAUUCACUGCUGAUGAUGGAUCGCUUACGCCAACGGAAGAGGAAAAUUCAGAGGAGGAUUCCAAGCUUGCAGAGGCCGAAAAGUUGUUGGUUGCUCAGCAACUCAAAAAGAAGAAUAAAAUUCAUUUUAUUGAGCCUGGAUUGAACAAGGAGUUUUUAAAACAGCUUAAGAUGCUCGCAAAAAUAAUGAUCCCACAAACGUUGUGCUACGAAACUGGAUUACUGAGCGUACACACGUUUUGCCUAAUUUCGCGCACAUUUCUAAGUAUUUACGUGGCGGCACUGGAAGGGGCCCUUGUUAAAUUUAUAGUACGGAAGGAUAUAAAACAGUUUGGUCUGGUGUUGCUCAAAUGGUUUGGAAUCGCCAUCCCCGCUACAUUUGUUAACUCGAUGAUACGAUUCCUUGAAAGUAAACUGGCUCUUGCUUUCCGAACACGUCUGGUACGCCAUUCAUACCGGCUUUACUUUAAGAAUCAAAACUACUAUAGAGUGUCGAAUCUGGACGGUCGUAUUGAAAAUGCAGAUCAUCGACUCACCGAGGAUAUCUCUGUAUUUGCCAGCUCUGUAGCUCAUUUGUAUAGUAGUCUGACUAAACCAUGCUUUGAUCUAAUGCUAAUUGGCUUAGCAUUAAUGAGAUCGUCGAGAAAAAUGAAAGCCAACAUUAUAACGGGACCUGCUUUGUCAGUCGGUGUUAUUGCCCUAACAGCUCAUAUAUUGCGAAUUGUGUCGCCGAAGUUUGGACAGUUGGUAUCAGAAGAGGCGAACAGAUAUGGUUACCUGAGACAUAUUCACUCCCGCAUAAUAACAAAUGCUGAGGAAAUUGCUUUUUACGGAGGCCAUAAGGUGGAAAUGCAACAGCUGAGGCAGGCAUACAAUCGUCUUGUCAACCAGAUGACUACUAUAUUUAACCAAAAACUGUGGUUUAUAAUGCUCGAACAAUUCUUUAUGAAAUACGUUUGGUCUGGCACUGGAAUGAUUAUGGUAUCCCUUCCAAUUUUGACGGGAAGUGACGUUGAAUCUGGAAAAGUUCGUAACACGGCCACUUCAGAGUCAAACGUCAGCGAACGCACCCAAUAUUUAACUACAGCCAGAAAUUUACUUAUUUCUGCAGCAGAUGCGAUUGAACGGCUGAUGUCUUCUUAUAAGGAAAUCGUCUCGCUUGCCGGCUAUACUUAUCGCGUGGCUGGCAUGAUGGAUGUGUUUGAAGAAACUGCUCAGGGUGUCUAUUGCAAGACGAGUGUGGUGGAUAAUGGUCAGUCAAAUGGCAUUAUUGAGUUCUGCAAUGGAAAGCCAAUAGCCAAAGGCCGGAUAAUUUAUUCGGAUGAUCCCGAAAAUAUGUCCAUAAACCUACGUGCCGUGCCAGUAGUGACACCCAACUGUGAUAUAGUUGUACCAAAACUUACUUUAUGCAUCGAACCGGGCGUGCAUCUGUUAAUAACUGGUCCGAAUGGCUGUGGAAAGUCCAGUUUGUUCAGGAUCUUAAGUGGACUUUGGCCCAUAUAUGCUGGAGAGUUGCAAAUUCCACGGCCUGUAAAUGAUGUCCCAUGCAUGUUCUACAUUCCACAGAGACCAUACAUGUCAAUCGGCAGCCUAUGCGACCAGAUAAUAUACCCCGAUACGCGGGAUGAUAUGAACCGCAAGAAAAUAACCGAGAACGAACUGAGAAAUAUUUUGAAACUGGUCAGCCUUGGACACAUUGCACAAAGAGACAGUUUUGAUGUUAUUCGCGAUUGGAAAGAUAUACUAUCUGGUGGGGAAAAGCAACGUAUGGCGAUAGCUCGCUUGUUUUACCAUAAGCCACGAUAUGCCCUUCUUGAUGAAUGCACUAGCGCCGUCUCGAUAGAUGUUGAGAGCUCGAUUUAUGAAGUCGCGAAAGAAAUGGGAAUCACGCUGCUGACAAUAACACACAGGCCUACGCUGUGGAAAUAUCACACACAUAUUUUGGAAUUCGAUGGCCUCGGUAACUGGCAGUUUAGAAAAAUGGAUGCAGAUGAAAAACAAAAAGAACAAUUCCGGUCCUAAUUUUUUACAAGACAUAUUCAUUAUAAAACAAAAAGGGGUCCCAGCUUUUUCUUUAAACCGAUACAGUUAUAACAAACUUUGUUAAAAACAUUUGCUAACUAUAGUCUAUAGUACUAUAUUUCGAUAAAAGGCGUCGUUAGGGAAGCACCCUUUUACCGAUCUAGUAUAUACCAGUAUAUAGUAUAUACUAGUAUAUAGUCUUAUACCAUUCCAAGUGUUCGAAGAAUUCUUUUCAAAGCUUAUAUUUCACCAACAAAAAUGUUUACUGGAUACGCACAAUAGUAAUUAUUUUUAAUUUAAUAUUUUUAAUCAAAAGAGAUUUUAGGUGCAACUGUCAGGCUAUAUAAGAUUACAGCUUCCUUUUUUGUAUAAUAACGCAUAGCCAAUAUUUACAAUUAAUUAUUCAAUUUUUGUUUACUGUGUUGUAACAUUUUACACUUAAAAAAAAACCGGUUAAAUACAUGCUUUUUAUUUUUAUUAAA